AUGGAAAAAUAUAGCACAUGGAGAGAUAACGGGACUGGUAUCAGUCCAUUUUUACCAAUUACAAACACACCUCUAAAUAAUAAUGAUAUCGGUUUAAUGAAGAAACUAUUAAUUUUUUUAAAAGCAUUUGGUAAAGCUAUUGUGUUAAUUCCAUUUUUAUUGAUAUACCAAGUUUUGCCAUUUACUUUUAUUUUAAAAUUGAUAUUCCAAAUCUUAACAAGAUUGAAAUUAAAUGUUAUGGUUGAAGGUGUGAAAAGAUCUAAGAUCGAUAUUAAUUUACAUUAUCCUCAAAAGGGCCAAAUUUACUUUGUUAAUUAUACCACUCCAUUAGACUUUUUAUUCUUGGAAUAUUUAAGAACCGACAGUAAUGAUAAAUAUAUGGUCUUAAUUAGUUACAGCAAGGAUGAAUUCCUUCAAAUUAAUAAUUGGUGGACAUUUUGUCUGUUUACUUUGGUCACUGCAGGUGUUUUAAGUAAAGAAGUUUUAGAAAACAAUGGCUUUAAAAAAUUAAGAGUAGAUAAAACUUUCUUUAAGAUUAUUAAAGACAAAAUAGUUUUCAUUUUCCCAGAAGGUACUACGUCCAAUGGUAAGACCGUCUUACCAUUAAGGAUGGAUAUCAAAAACUUUGAAAAACACUGUACCGUUGUUGUAAACACAAUUAAUAUCAAAAUUUUACCAUCUUAUUUGACUAUCCCAUUGCCAUAUGGAGACAAUACAAAUAAGUACUGGGGAAGAUUGUUGAUUACAGAUCAAGUUACUGUUAAAAUUAAAAUCACACCUAAUAUAAAAAAUUUAGAUAAUGUUAGAAUGUACAUGAAUAAUGAUGAUAAAUAUAAACUAGUUGGUGAAGAAUUAAAUAUUGAAUCGAAAGAAAAAUUCAUUAAAGCAUAUAAAGGUAAAAUCUAG